UCUCACUAAUAUUCGUUUUCAGUACCAAGUCGGUCACCGUUUAUCUUAAAGGCACUGUUUUUGAUACUCCAUGAUAGUUAUUGAGAUUCUCCCUCUGAAAAUAUGAGUGAGAAAUUAUGCUUAAAAAAGUGUACGAUACCUCUUGGGAGUCUGAAUAACAGCUCCCUAUUUUAAAUGAAAAAAUAAAAAAAGUCUCAACCAGAGAAGAAGAGAGAAAAAAAGUUGUCACUUGGUCUGGGUCAGUCCACAGCCCAGUUUGGGGUUGGAUGCGCCUCAAUUUUAAAUGGGCAAAGUGGUAUUUUCGAAAGGGGAUCAUCUCGGCGCUGAUAAAGGGCGCGAUUAACAGCCAUUUUCUGGCAAAAGGCCACAAAGCCUCAAAUGGGAGCCAGCGACUUGACCGUUGUCACAAGGUUGAAGAGGGAAGAUUGCAAGCGCACCAAACACGACUCUCACUUCUCCAAUUGGAAGAUUCUGGUUGGUCCUUCGGAUUGGGAAGACUAUUCACUGGGAAAAGAAGGGGCUGAAAGAUACAGGGUUCAUAACCUCCCUGAAAAGGAGAGUCCAGGUGUCUAUGAACUUGGCAUCGCGGUCUUGCGUACUGGUUUAGGCCGUGAGAUUGGCAAGCUUGACCCAGACUAUAUAGUCCCAGUGUACCUUGGACAAGCUGAUAAUGUGAGGACACGACUUCAGCAAUAUGGUCGUUCAGGUGCUCAUUUGGGCAAUGGCUGCCCAACUGGUCAUCCUAGCGACCGUGUCCAAAAGGGGCCGGGAUUGUUUGCUGAGAUACUGUCAAGAGACUACCCCGUUGUGUACAGAUGGGCUCCUAUGGAAAACAAAAGUGUUGCGCUGAAAACAGAAACUCAGCUGCUUAACACAUUUGAUUAUGCAUGGAACACAAACAUUAAUGGGGCAAGACGCCCCGAUGAUGUCCUUCAAAAACUUAAGAUGGUAUCUUCAAGCACUACACGAUUUGUUAAUAUUGCCCAGAAACUUGUGCCUUUCAGUCCGAAGAAAGUGGGUACUAGGAUUGAAUCAAGCGAAUUGCUUUCACCAGAGGAUAAGUUCAGUGCUUAUGCUAAUAGGGAGAGCCACAAUCCCCUUUCUCAAGUUUUCAAGCUUGGCAGAUCACAGCCUAGGUUAGUUUUGGAUAGAAUUGGCAUUACUCAGGAGAAUACUAUAAUUUGUGGGGUGGAUGUAGGUGAUGGCUCCGUUUGCAGAACGCCACCAGUUCCAGGAAGAAAGCGGUGUGCUAAACACAAAGGGAUGAGGAUUAAUAGGUCAACUAGAGUUGGGAUAUCAAAUAGCACCGUUGACUCAGAAUCAGAAUGCAGUGCUAUUAGCAGCAUAGAGUUUCAUGAUGCUCAAAUUAUUAACCGUGAUCCAGUAGAGAGCUUCACUUCCAUUUGUGGAUUCAUCUUGGCUGAUGGCUCUUCUUGCAGAAGGCAUCCGAUUCAAGGGAGGAAAAGAUGUGAUGAGCAUAAAGGGAAAAGAAUAAUCUAAGUAGGCGAACGAAGCUAAACUAAAAUAUGUGCAUGAUGUGGCUUUUGAACCCUUUAAUUUUGGGACUUCAAACUAUGAGCAGAAUUCAUCCGCAUUAUGUGAAUUUGGAGAAGUUCAAGCUUAAGUUUUGACAGUCCAAUAAAAGCUAUGAUACUACAUGUGGGGUGGUGGUGGAUGUAGGUGAUGGAUAUUUUUGCACAAGGCAUCCUAUUGUAGGAAGUGGAAGAAGGUGCUGUGACAGCAAAAACAAAUUAUGUGCUCUUACUUACAGAAAGGAUCUCUAUGUGAAACUACUCAUGAAAGGAGCUGGGGAGCAACAUAACACAAGGGAAGUAGAGUAAAUCCACUUGGGGUUUUCUUUUUCUCUGUGAAAAUAGAUUGUAGAAAUUGGUGAUCCAGGCUUCAAUUUGUUGUUGAUUGUUAUGCCUAUCAGAUAAUGUUGUAGCUUUCUGUAUCAAAUUAUUGCAUACCCUUUAAAAUAAUGUUGUAUUGGCCUAAAAAGAAGUUGGGUAUGAAUUUGGUUUGACUUUUUUUGUUUUAUUUGA